GUUGUUGCUGUCCAAUCAGCGAGAGGUUUGUGGUCGCUUGUCGCUUCCUGUGUGAGCGAGUCUUUUUCGUCUGCUUGGCUGUACUUUCGUCACUUUUUGGACAAAAAUUGUGGAUUAUUUUUAAAUAAAACACACCCAGACAGAUGGCCAAGUUCAACCCGAUGGCAGACUGUGUGUCUAAAGUGGAGCUGACCGUCUCCUGUACGAACCUACUGGACAAAGAUGUAGGAUCCAAGUCGGAUCCUUUAUGUGUACUGCUGCAGCGUUCUGGAAAAGAUGGCUGGACUGAGCUGGGCCGCACCGAGCAUCUCCAGAACACCUCCAGCCCGUCUUUCAGCCAGCGCCUGCGCCUGGACUACCACUUCGAGACGGUACAGAACCUGAAAUUGGGUGUCUACGACAUCGACAACGCAUCCAAGGACCUCGGCGACGACGACUACCUGGGAGGUGUGGAGAUCACCUUGGGACAGAUUGUUUCCAGUAAAACUUUGACCAGACCUCUGCAGCUGAAGAAAGGAAAACCUGCCGGCAAAGGAAGCAUUACUAUCACCGCAGAGGAGAUUAAGGACAACAGAUUGAUUGAGUUGGAGCUGGAGGCCAAAAAUCUGGACAAAAAGGACACCUUUGGGAAGUCUGAUCCUUUCCUGGAGUUCUUCAAAAAAGGAGAUGAUGGAAAAUGGCAGCUGGUCCACCGAACAGAGGUGGUGAAGAACAACCUGAGCCCCAGCUGGAAGAAGUUCUCCGUCCCGCUGCAGACGUUCUGCGGCAGCGAUCUGGAGAGACCUAUCAAGGUGGAUUGCUCGGACUACGACAACGACGGCUCGCACGACCUGAUCGGCUCGUUCACCACCAAAGUGUCGGAGCUUCAGAAAGCCGCUUCCUCGGUCGGUUUCAGGAUGGUGAAGGAUCAUGAGCUCAAAAAUUCCUCUUCUUAUUUGCGAUCUCUUGUCCUUCAGGGGGCGUUUGAUUGUAUUCAUCCGGACAAGCAGAAGAAGAAGAAGAACUACAAGAACUCGGGGGUGGUCUCCGUCAAGAGCUGCAAGUUAAGCACGCAGCACAGCUUCCUGGACUACGUGAUGGGCGGCUGCCAGAUCAACUUCACCGUGGGUAUCGACUUCACGGGCUCCAACGGGGACCCUCGCUCGCCCAACUCUCUGCACUACUUGAGUCCAGACGGGCUGAACCAGUACCUGUCUGCACUCUGGUCCGUGGGCCAGGUCGUCCAAGACUACGACACUGAUAAACUCUUCCCCGCGUUUGGUUUUGGAGCCAGACUUCCUCCCGACUACCAGGCCGCACAUCACGAGUUUGCGCUCAACUUUAACCCUAGCAACCCCUACUGUCAAGGCAUCCAGGGCAUCGUGGAAGCCUACAGGAUGGUCCUCCCCCAGCUCCGCCUCUCCGGGCCCACCAACUUCUCGCCCAUCAUCAACCACGUGGCCUCCAUCGCCUCGGGCGCCGCCCAGAGCGACAGCGCCUCGCAAUACUUUGUCCUCCUCAUCCUCACCGACGGCGAGAUCACCGACCUGGACCAGACGCGGGACGCUAUCGUGCGCGCCUCCCGCCUGCCGCUGUCCAUCAUCAUCGUGGGCGUGGGGCCGGCCGACUUCAAGGCCAUGGAGCUGCUGGACGGUGACGACGGCGUGCUCAGGUCCACAGUGGGCGAGGCCGUCGCCAGGGACAUCGUCCAGUUCGUCCCUUUCCUCAAGUUCAAAGACGCUCCUCAGGCGACGUUAGCAAAGUCGGUGCUGGCUGAGGUACCCACCCAGGUGGUCUCCUACUUCAAGAUGAGAGGCCUGCAGCCCCUCAAGGCACCCGCCAAAGCGUGAAACCGCAGCCAUCUUCCCAAAACACUCCCACCGCGAAGGACCAAUCAGUAUCUGGUGUCAGAUCACAAGGCCAGGAGCAAUUUUGCCAUAUUUUUUCAUACCACGAAUAAUUAGCAACACAAACAAAAAAUACUAGCAUAAGGAUAUAUUUUCCAUUUAGAUCCGUUGGCUAAAUGCUCAAGUCAAAUCUAGCAUGCUGAAAUGUACUCAAUAUCGUGAUUACUUUUACAUUCACAAACGAAUUUAUUUUCCAAAAAACUGUCUUCAGAAGAUUCCGACUAUGCAUUGCAAAGCUAUUUUUCUUGGGCCAAUCUAGCUGCUCUUAGACCACGCCCCGUUUUGUGCAGGACCAAUAGCACGGCAGCGCUUUAAUGGCAGCUAAUCACAAAGCCUGGAGCGACUUUUUUUGUAUUGUUUUUUUUUUGUAAGUGCCUAAAUUUACAUUGAACAAAUACACAAUUAAAAGCAUUGAGGGAAUAUAUAAGUACGUGAAAAAAAUGAAAAUAUAUAUGGAGAGAAAAGAAAUGGGAAAAUCCAAAAUAAAAGAGAAAUUGUAGAGAAUUAAAAAAUAAAAAAUUAAUAUACGUGUUUUUGAAAAUGUAAAAAAUAAAUAGAAUGAAUUUUUUAUUUUUUCAAAUUUAUGAUCCAUACAUUUUUUUUCAUUUAAAAAUUUUACAUUUGAAUACAUUUUCUAUUUUUUUCAUUUUGGCAUUUUCUCAUAUUUUAUUUUCAAUUGAAUUUUUCAUGUUUACAUUUUUUUUUUAUUAGUACAGUACUAUAUUUAUGUACUUUCAUAUUCCUCCAGUGCUUUUUGUAUAUUUGUAACUAUGCAGCUCACGGUUGAUGCGCCAAAUGUUUCCAUGGCAACAAAUGUUUUAGCUGAUAGUAGCAUCUAGUGGCCUUCAGGAGAAGUGCAUGGCGCAUUUGGAAUUAUUAGGAGUAAUUCAAUAUAUACAUACAUACAUAUAUAUAUAUAAACACACAUAUGUCAAUUUUUGUAAUUGCCUUAUACCUUGCACUUUUUUACUAAAGAUGCCUUAUAUUAACUCUCUCAAUGCCUUUGAUGGUAGACAUCCAAUCACGUGACAUAUAAGACAAGUGUCUUUAUUGAAGUGUAUAGUUGUGUCAUUACACCAACAGUGCCAAUGUCAACCAAAAAAAUAAUAAUAA